CCUGCAUGUUGGGUGGCGGCCCUGUGCCCAAGGGCUCCACUGCUUCCCCGCAUUCAGGGUCCUGGUGGAUGGCCCCUAGCUGUGGCCCCAGCGUCUGCUGUCUUACCCCUGUCCACAUCCCCCCUCCCAGACCCAAGGCCCUGCUCCUGGCCCCAGAUCUAGGGGGCAGUAAGGGGCAUGGACAGGGGUUAGAGGGGUGCAGCUCAGCACCCCCCAUUCCAAAAACUGUUCCAGCGCCACUGUGCAGGGAGGGCUGGUGAGGGGAAAUUCCCAGUGGAGUUGCUGGCUCCCCGGGGGAGUCUAUAUCCCAGAGCCUCCGUUAUUCCGAAUCGGGCCCAGAUCCUCAAAGAUAUUUAGCCUCCUAACGUCCAUUGAAAUAUCCCCCUUGCAACCAGUGCUGACCCCAGGGCCCCAAAUCACUGGAAGUUAGGAGCCUAAAUACCUUGGGCCUGGGCUGUGGUGCACAGAGCCAGCAGGGAUGGGCUCACUCCUCAGAAAAAUUUCACAGUGUUUCCCGAUCUGGGAAGUUAAUGGGUUAAAACCACCAAUCUCCCAAACCUGCCUGUGCCAGAAGCGGGGACUGUAAUAGCGCUGGGACCUUCCUGUCCAGCCCCCUGCAUCCUGGACUCAGAGUCACUCUUGUGCAUCCCUGCACCAUUCCCAGGCUCUACUUGAGUCUUGCUUGCAGUUUGGUCAAGCUGGGCAGGAAGUGGUCUCAGACAAGAUGGAUUCCCUGAGCCUCCAGCUGGUGCGACUGAAGGGUGUAUCCCAGGAGGAACUUCCAGGGCCGUGGAGCGUGCCGUCCCAGGAGUCCCGUGAGCGGCGGGAAAGGGAUCACCUUCCACUCCAGAUAUUCAAGGAGGAGAGCGACGACGAGCAGGAGUCUGUGUCAUCAACCCCCAUGGUCGCCUUCCAGGCGCUGGUGGGGUUCGAGGAAGUGGCCGUGUAUUUCUCCUGGGAGGAGUGGGGGCUCCUGGACGAAGGGCAGAGGCAGCUCUACAGGGACGUCAUGCAGGAGAAUUACCAGACUCUGAUCUCGCUGGGAGUCUCUGUCCCUGACCCAGCUGCAAUCUCCCGGAUGGAGCGAGGGGAAGAACCGAGGGUCCUGGAUCUCCAGGGCUCCGAGGAAAGGGAGAUCAUGAGAGGCGCCGGCGCAGGUGCCGGGAGGGAAAACCCCCGACAGGAAGGGCCUGCAGGAGUGGAGCUGCACAAGACAUCCCAGAGCCCGGAGCAGGAAGAGGCAUCCGGUGACAUGGGAUGGCAGCAGGGGAAGCCAUCUCAGCAGGAAAGACCCAAGACCUGUGGUCACCUGCGGGCAAGAGAGGGGCCCAUCAUCUGCGGGGAUUGUGGGAAAAGCUUUGGGAAGAGCUCGGAGUUGGUCAAACACCAGCGCACCCACACAGGCGAGAGGCCCUACCAGUGCCCUGACUGUGGGAGGAGCUUUGCCAUCCGCUCCAACCUCCUCCGCCACCAGCGCAUCCACACUGGUGCUAGGCCUUACCCAUGUGCCGAGUGCGGGAAGAGUUUCCGCCACAAGGAGCACCUGACUCGCCACGGCCGCGUCCAUGCCGGGUUGAAGCCCUAUGUCUGCGCUCACUGUGGGGCAGCCUACAGCAGCCGCACCAACCUGCUGCGGCACCAGAAUGGCCACACAGGGGAGCUGCCAUACAAGUGCACGGAGUGCAGCCGGCGCUUCGGGGAGAUCGCCGCCCUGGUGGCGCAUCUGGUGAUGCACUCCGGGGAGCAGGCCCACAAGUGCCCCGAGUGUGGGAAGAGCUUCCGACGUGGCUCGUCGCUGACGGAGCACCGGCGGGUGCACACCGGGGAGAAGCCCCAUGUCUGCUCCCAGUGCGGGAAGGGGUUCAUGCGGCGCUCCAUCCUCAAUGGGCACUGGCGCACCCACACCGGCGAGCGGCCCAAUGCCUGCAGGGAGUGUGGCAAAGGGUUCACCCAGCGGUCGUCCCUGCUGCAACACCAGCGCACCCACCGGGGCGAAAGACCCUACCCGUGUGCCCAGUGUGGGAAGAGCUUCAGCCAGAGAUCAGCGCUGACCACCCACCAGCGGCUGCACACCGGGGAGCGGCCCUUCCACUGUGCCCAGUGCGGGAAGAGCUUCAACCAGAGCUCGGCGCUGAUCCAGCACCAUCGCACCCACACCGGUGAGACCCCCCAUCGCUGUGGGGACUGUGGGAAGGGCUUUGGGGACCGCUCGGCCCUCAAGCGGCACCGGCGCACCCACACGGGUGAGCGGCCCUACUGCUGCACCCAGUGCAGCAAGAGCUUCAAGCAGAGCUCGGCGCUGACGCAGCACAUUCGCAUCCACACUGGGGAGCGGCCCUACGUCUGCCCCCUUUGCGGGAGGGGAUUCUCUCAGGGCUCAGCUCUGGCACAGCACCAGAGGACUCAUGACAAGGAGAGGGGCCUGUCAGAUAUUCCCACUGCCAGCCGCCUGUACAGGGAUCCCUUCAUCCGGCCAGGGGAUGUGGAGGAGGGGCAACAGGGCUGCCCCUGGGGACACGGUGCACCCAGCCAGGCUGAAAGAGAAGCUGCAGUGAUAGAAUCAUAGAAAUGUAGGACUUGAAGAGACCUCAAGAAGUCAUCAAUUCCAGGCUCCUGCGCUGAGACAGGGCCAGGUAACCCUAUCCCUGGCAAGUGUAUGUCCCACCUGUUCUUAAAAACCUCCAGUGACGGGGAUUCCACAACCUCUCUCGGGAGCC